AUGAGGCAGAAAGUUCUUGCAACAAAAGCAGUGUACACAGCCCAGACAGGAAUUGUUGUGGCAGAGGAAAUCGGCGACAUCCUGAAAGAAUUUUGUGUGUUUGAUAAAGUAGUAGCAGUUACUGUGGAUAAUGCGGCCAAUAUGGACGUAGCCAUCAAACGGCUACAAUUUGUGAAGCUCGGCUGCUUCGCUCAUACACUAAACCUAGCAGCACAAAGUCUGUACUCCAGCAGCUUGGUGGCUCAGUGGACUGCAAAGAUUCGUGCCAUCAUCGUCUGGAUGAAGAGGUCGUCAAUGGCAAAGGUGGUUCUACGAGAAAAGCAGGAUGUCCUAAAAGGGGAUUUCACCAAGGCAGAACACUUCAUCAGGCUGAUGCGAGUUCUUUACACCUGCACACUUUGUGUUUCCACCGAAAAAAGCCCAUCAGCUGGACAGAUCCUGCCGAUCAUCCAAAAGCUUGAGAAACACUUCGCCCCUUUAAAUGGAGACACAGCAUUUGUAGCGGACUUGAAGAACAGGGUCUGGAGAAACCUGUCUGCCCGGUACAAGAAUGAGGACAUCAGGUUCUUCUUGGAAGAAGCCACUGCCUUAGAUCCCCGCUUCAAGAAUAAGAUGGUCAACAAUGCUGCAGUCUGGGAACGGAUUAAGGGGAAGUUGCUGGCAAACUCUGAGGAGUCAGCGCCAGCGGCAGUCCAUGACCAUGCAGAAGAGGUUAGUGUGACGCAGGGCGAGGGAAACCAGGAAGGUCUGAAGACUGACAGUGAAGAGGAAGAGGAGAAUCAGCCUCCUCCUUCCAAACAAUCCAAAAAGUCCCCACUGGAGGAGCUUUUUGCUGAAGAGGAUGCCAUGAAGAGGACCUCACAGGAGGGGGUGAUGUCUAUGGAAAGUCGUGCUGAAAGGGAGAUCCAGACGUACCUGGAAAUCCCAUCAAUCAUCACAUCAUCUGACCCUGCAGCCUGGUUCUGGACCCAGAAACAAACUUAUCCUUUACUCCAGAACCGCUCCGUUUUCAAGAACGCGCGCUCGCUGGUUGAACCAGCGGGGGGGGGAACGGAGCGCCCCAAAGUGGGUAGGAGCAGGGAGAGACUAAGCGGGUCUGUCGGCGCUUUUCCUCCGCGCUCUGUCCUCUGCCUCAAAGCACCAGCCCCACGCCCCAACCACAGGCGGCGCUCGCACCAGCUGAGACCCCGCGAGAAGUGGGCCCAAACCGCAGAAGAAGAAGAGGCGGAAACAGACACACGCUCAGGAAACCACAGAAGAAGAAACGGGGGAAGCAAAUAUGUGAGACACCGACAACUGCUCUGGAGCACAGAGAGAAACUGCUCCAAAUCCCGUGACUGUUCUCCACGGAGGGGGCAGCGUGAUAUACCAAACGCACCCGCGGAAACCCGCUUGAAAGUUGCCCCCGCACCGCAAACAGAAGAAGCCAAAAGUACCGGCACGUUUGGGUCAUUCACCAACCCUCAUGGACCACAUGCUAACGCUUUGGGCUACCUGGGCCUCCUGCGGACUUUGAAAAACUUCCACAGCCCGGCGGAAAGACUGUGUGCUCGACAUGGGUCGAAGGACUGUUACCGGAGGAGGCGUUAA